AUGAAGAUCGCAAGAACGCUUGUCCAUCCCAUCCAGUCUUUGACUGCGAUUCCAUUUAGGGGAGUGAAACUUAGCCAAGUAAACAAUCCCCCAACAGUGGGCUCUUUUCUUCGUCUCGACCAUCUCGUGCCCCUGGACAACAACCACUCGAAGUUCCUGAGCGACUUGGCCGAGCCUAGGUUGGCUCUAGAGAAGGACUUCGGUGCCAUACAGAAGGCCGAAGCUCAACGUCCUUUCCACGCAGGCGGUGAUCAGCCUCAACUAGCCCUCGACGACAUUGAUGACAAUGACAUCAUCAUGACUGACGAUGAGGAGCUGGGAGACAUAGAGCUGACCGACGCGUUGCAAUUGCCGCGUCUAGUCUAUUGGCAAGGUGGAUGCCCACCACCAGAGCUCUUCUUUCCCUUUAUCCCUCCCCAGGCUAGAGCCAACAUCCUCCAGCAAGAGAACAAUCUUGACGACGACGUUUCGACCACGGCUUGCAGUCAGGUUAUUCCUCAGUCAUCCACGACACCAUCAGCGGCCAUACCAGAGCCAGUGACAAAGGAUGAGGUGGUUGACUAUUUUGAGAACCUGGACUACAACAUCGCGAAUGGGACACUGCCACCAAAUAUCGCUGCGGAGGCAGGAGACUCUGCGCCUGCUCCACCGGCAACGGUGCGGGAUGAGAAAAGCGCCGUUGACCCCACCCAAUCUGGGAACGACGUGGUCUCGCAGGAAGACGAACCAGAGCCAGAGCCUGAACCAUUGCGUAGAAGUGUCGACCCGGCCUCUUUUACCAGCAGUAAGUUGCCUCAGAAGGCCGACAGCGCGAACAAAGUCUCGCCCCUAUACAACGCGGAGCCAGCGGCCUCCACAAAGCCGAAAUCGGCGGAGCCGCGACUCAAGAAGAAGGUGGUGUCGCUGAAAUACGUCCCCGAAAGAUACCACCGCUUCUUAGAAGAGGCAAUGGACUUCUCGACUCAGCAAGAGAAACCGCUCCUUCCCAAUGGAGAGUUCGACACUCUGGCAAGCUGCCGAUUGGGUCAGAAACGCAACAAAGAAGAACGCAAGCGCUUCUCAGAGACCCGAAAGAACCAUCCUAAUGUUUGGGAGGCAAUUAUUGGCACGAUGUUGCAAGAGGGCGUGGGGAUUGACAACAUGCUCCUUUGCCACGAAGGGCAAGAUGAGGAUGGCAAUACCAUUGAUCUCCGGCCACAAGUGCUGGACAACCAAAAUUGGUGCGCGGAUAACUGGCGGUUUGACAAUCUGAGCUGGUAUACACUGCAGGAUGCUCUACUGCCUCCUGACUGCUCUCGCGAGAUCCACAAGGCCCCAAAGGGCGACGAGCGACUGUUUCAUGAGACAAUCGGAUAUCUGAAAAGCCACCCUGAGAUCUGCGUACAUCUUCCGCAUCCUCGUCUCGGAGUGGCUCAAGGCGGAGGCGAACCAAGCGACCUUCCGUAG